CGAAAACAGUUCUCCAGCGACGACGACCAGCGGACCUGUUCUCGGAGCACUGCUAUCUGUCCAGACUUCUGCUGAAACCAGCACGAAGUUUAUUGAAGGAUACGUUUAGCCCCCGUCUACGACCCGACACGCAGUGAGGAUGGUGUCGUACAAGCGUCUGACCCCCGAGGACGUCCAGUUUACUAGCACUGCUUUGUCCGAGGAAGCGGCCUCCGAGCAGGAGGUGGUGGAGGAGGUUCCAGAAGAGCCUCUCCUCCCCAGAAGGCUGUCCUGCUCCUCCUCCACCACACUUCUCUCUCUGGGUCUGCUCCUCCUGCUCCUCAGUGCAGCCUGGCUCCUUGCCACCAUCUUCUGGCUCCACUCUCCCUCCAGCGGUCUCCCCCAUCGGCCCCCGCCACCCUCCCCAGGGAGAGCAGCCCCGGCUGGGGGAGCCUCCGCACCCGAGCCCCAGACCUGCUCUGCCGUCUCGGAGGCCUGGAGGUUCGACUGCUACCCGGAGAGGGGAGUGGUGGUGACCAGGGAGAUGUGUGAGGCUAGGAACUGCUGCUUCAUCUCCUCCUCCUCCCCCCCCGCCUCCUCCAGGAGCCAGGGUGUCCCCUGGUGCUUCUACCCCCCAGGCUUCCCCUCCUACCGGCUGGCGGCGCUGCAGGCGUCGCAGGGGGGCCAGAUCGGGAGGCUGGAGAGGGAGGUGAGGACGUACUACCCUGGAGACAUCCUCUCCCUGCAGCUGGACAUCAGACACGAGACCGACACCAGGCUGAGGGUCAGGAUCACGGACCCGUCUAAUUUGCGGUAUGAGGUGCCAAUCACAGUCCCCAAUGCCACUGAGAAGGCAGGAAGUCCCGCCUACAGUGUGGAGCUGUCCAAGGACCCAUUCGGCAUCAUCGUGAAGAGGACAGCUACAGGAGCUGUGCUCCUCAACACCUCGGUGGCUCCUCUGUUCUAUGCUGACCAGUUCCUCCAGUUCUCCUCCCCGCUGGCCAGCCCCUAUGUGUACGGCCUGGGGGAGCACCGCUCUUCCUUCCUGCUCAACGUCCACUGGAACACACUCACCAUGUGGGCCCGCGACGUCCCGCCCACGGAGUUUACCAACCUGUAUGGCGCCCACCCCUUCUACCUAGCCAUGGAAGAGGGCGGUGCUUCCCAUGGGUUCUUCCUGCUCAACAGCAACGCCAUGGACGUGGUCCUACAGCCCGCCCCUGCUGUAACCUGGCGUACCAUUGGUGGGAUCCUGGACUUUUACGUCUUCCUGGGUCCGGAGCCUAGCUCUGUGAUUGGGCAGUACCUGGAGGUUGUUGGCCACCCUGCCAUGCCUGUCUACUGGGCGCUAGGUUACCAUCUCUGUCGCUGGGGUUACGGCUCCAGCAACGCCACCUGGGACAUCGUCAAGAGCAUGCGAAAUUAUGGGAUACCCCAGGACGCCCAGUGGAAUGAUAUAGACUACAUGGAUCGUUUUCUGGAUUUCACCUUUGACCCGGUGACCUUCUCGUCCCUGCCUGACCUGGUGAAGGACAUGCACGCUCACAACCAGCACUACGUCAUGAUCCUGGACCCAGGCAUCAGUAGCACCCAGCCUGCUGGCUCCUACAGGCCGUAUGAUGAGGGGCUGCAGAGAGGAGUCUUCAUCAACCACUCUGACGGCACCACGCUCAUCGGCAAGGUGUGGCCAGGCCUGACUGCGUAUCCAGACUUCUCUGAUCAUGUGACCCAUGAGUGGUGGUAUGACAACUUGAAGAGGUACCAUGACAAAGUCCCCUUCGACGGCCUGUGGAUCGACAUGAACGAGCCUUCCAACUUCCUGGAUGGUUCAACCAAUGGCUGUCCUUCAAAUGACCUGGAGGACCCUCCCUACACCCCCGGAGUUCUGGGUGGGCUGCUGAGGGCUAAGACGCUGUGUGUGUCGUCCCUGCAGAAGACCUCCUCCCACUACAACACACACAGCCUCUACGGCCUGCUGGAGGCCAAGGCCUCGUCCUGGGCUCUCCAGCGGCUCCUGGGGAAGAGAACGCUGGUCAUCUCCCGCUCCACCUUCCCCAGCCAGGGCCUGUACUCUGGGCACUGGCUGGGAGACAACCGCUCCACCUGGAAGGACAUGUACAUGUCCAUAUCAGGCAUGCUGACGUUCAGCCUGCUGGGGGUGCCCCUGGUGGGGGCUGACGUGUGUGGCUUUGGGGAGCAGACAGACGAGGAGCUGUGUAUCCGCUGGACCCAGCUGGGAGCGUUCUACCCCUUCACACGAAACCACAACACCCUGGACACACAGCCCCAGGACCCGACAGUGUUCAGCCCUCUGGCUCGUACCGCCAUGAAGGACGCUCUGCUGCUUAGAUACUCUCUGUUCCCGCUGCUCUACACUCUCUUCCACCGCGCACACACACACGCACACACCGUCGCUCGCCCGCUGCUGUUCGAGUUCCCUCAGGACAGCAGCUGCUAUGCUGUGGACAGCCAGUUCCUGUGGGGCAGCAGUGUGCUGGUGACUCCAGUCCUGCAGCCCGGACAGCGCACUGUGGAGGGCUACUUCCCCCUAGGGCUGUGGUACGACUUCUACACGGGAGACAGGCUGGUCAGUAAAGGAGAGCAGAUCCAGCUGCAGGCUCCUCUGGACAAGAUCAACCUGCACCUGAGAGCAGGAGCUGUGAUCCCCACACAGAGGCCCAACAGCACGCUCUGGGUGAGCAGUGGUCAGCCCCUACACCUGCUGGUGUCCCUGCGUGAGGACGGCCAGGCUGAGGGGGAGCUGUUCUGGGACGACGGGGAGAGUCUGGACACCUGGGAGACUGGCCAGUACGCCCUCAUUCUGUUCACUGUGGACCAGAACACGAUGACAUCCCAGGUGCUCCACAGCCAUGAGGAGGCCACCUACAUCACCAUAGAGAUGACAUCCUUCUACGGGGUCAGGUCCAAGCCUACCCGGGUCACUGUCAACUCCCAGGACGCAGCCUUCUCCUACCGAGCCAAUCAGGUGUUGACAGUAUCAGAUCUGGGUCUGAACCUCAGUCAGAACUUCACCAUCAGCUGGUCCUAGCCUGCUUCUCCUCUCCACCAUCCCUCCAUGUCCCUCUCCUUCCUGCCCUGCCUCUGGGCUGAGUGGAGGGAGGGAGAGAGGACAGACUGAGAUUAGGUCCACAGGGUCACAGGGCGGGGGGGGAUCAUCACUUAAUCAGUGUUGCUACUGUUGCUGUGUGAAUGUUGUUUACAACCUUGAUUUGCACUAUUGAAAAUAACCCUGCACAGGAGACCCGACCAGGAAUGUUCAAGCAGGGUGCCUUGGGAACCCUCAACUGUGUCUGGAGGUUCCAGGACACUUUUUGGAACCUUUAGAGAAGAGCAUCUGUUCUAGAACCUUCUGGGCCCUACGAGCGGAGAGUUCUAGAACAUCUGUGUACUGUGAAUGUGUUCUGUAUCUGCUGCCAAAGUUUUAUGAUUACUGAGAUGUUGGGAGCGACAUAGUAUUUUACUUAGCUAGUAAUUAAUUUUAGAAUGGUAGCUAGAAUAGCUGGGAAAGGAUUUUUGUGUUUAUUUAGUUGUUAGUUGACAUAAUGCUGUUCCUUUGAGAGUUUUUAAUGCUUUUUCAGAGCUGUUUUUUUUGUUUGUUUCUGAACUUUGAAAUUCAAGUGUAUGAGACUUCCAACUUGUUGAAGUAAAAAAUAAUUCACUGCUUUAGUUUUUGCUGCCAUGAUAAAUUAUGAAAGUUGAAGGAAAAAACUCUGAAUGUUUAUGCUUUCAUUUCAAAUUUCAUAUCAAGAAAUCAUGAAUAAAUUAUAU